AUGAGUUACCAGAACUUGGAAGAUAACAGCCAAGGUGGCUAUGGAUCAUACAACCCGUACGGGGCUCAGUCCAAUCCCUACGGAGCGCAACAGCAACAACCCCAGCAGAGCUACGGAUACGGUGGUGGCUACGGCCAGGCCGGGGCAAUGGAGCAGGGCAAUGGCGGCUAUGAAAUGUCCAACAUGCAGCAAGCCCCCGACAAGAACGCGCUCCUCACCAAGAUCAACGAGCUCAAGCAGGGAAUUGAAGAUGUCAAGAGGAAGCGCACAACUCAGCUCCGCGCGGCCCAGACAGCUCUGCUCGAGUCCAACACCAGCAAGGAGGAUCAAGUGACGCGCCAGAAUGUUGAUUACGUCGAGGAUGAGAUCAACACUGCUCUUCGUUAUCUGCGCGAUCAGAUGAAGCGCAUCGCCGAGACUCCCGGUUGCGGUUCUCCCGGCCCCGCGGAGCAUUACACCAUCGCCAAGCGCAGUCUACAGGAUGAAAUUACAGCCUACCAGGGUGAUCAGUCCAACUUCCACAAGCGUCUCGAGGAGCAGGUGCGCCGUCGCUAUCAAAUGGCCAACCCGGAGGCUUCUCCGGAUGAGCUGGAAGCUGGUGUCCAGGCUGUGAUGCAGGGUCAGGAGCAGGCCUUCAUGACCCCCGGAACCCGAUCGCGCCAGGCCAAUGAUGCCCGUCAAGCCACUCUCGCCCGUUCCGCUGCCAUCCGCAAGAUCGAAAAGGACAUGGCCGAUCUCGCUCAGCUCUUCACCGAUGUCCAGGAACUCGUCAUUCAGCAAGAACCUGCUGUCACUCAGAUUCAGCAGGGUGCCGAAGAGACCCACCGCAAUGUUCAGCAAGCCAACACCAAGUUGGACAGUGCCAUUGUCAGCGCUCGCAACGCCCGCCGCUGGAAGUGGUAUGCGCUGAUCAUCGUUAUCAUUAUUAUUGCGAUCGUGGUGGGUGUGGCAGUUGGUGUCACCCAGGCCAACAAAACCGCCAAAUAG